AUGUCAUUAUUUUACAGCUCACCUGAGUUAGCAGAUUUAGCCAACAGAUUCCUUUCUCUCUCUGUUACUGGAUUUUGCCAGCCACUUUAUGAGACUAGGGUAGGCUUACUGAUUCUUUGUUUGUUUGUUUGUUUUUGACUUGUCAUUUACCAACUUAAUUGGUAAAACUAGGAAAACUGUUAGCACUUUGAUAUUAUCCUCUCAGGUCAAUUGCAUGACAGCAAAUCAAAGUAAUGAUCAAGACUUGCAAGAAAAUCUCAAAACCAUAAAUCCUAUCAUGAUUAUAAGGUUGAGUUAUCUUAUUACUUCUUGAAAGGCAGUUGUAUUGCAUUAAAAAAAAUAUAUAUAUCUCUGGUUUUCAUGGUUUCUGAGUGUGGUAGGUAAUCAGAACUACAGGAUAACAUAAUUCUGAAAGGUGAUUGGUUAUUGCAAGCCUCUUGUCAUGCAUGCAAUUGGACAGUUAUUUCAUCUCAUAUGCAGACAUUGUUAUUGCACAUUUUACAGAGUUAAUUGUUGUUGUUUUUGUUGUUUAAUGUAGUGCAAAUGUAUAACUAAUGGCUGGUUUGUUUCUCCAAUUUUGGUCAAUUAUUUGAAUUGGUGAUUGAAUGAUUGAUUGAUUAGCUGGAUGAAUUAUUUAGCAGUUGAUCAAUUUUGUGACUGUUUUACUGAUUGAUUCUCUGUUGUUUUUCUUUCUUCCUCUCAGAUGACCCAUAUAUCAGCCAUCCCACUGGAACUUGUCAUGUAUAUUUUCAAGUGGGUGGUGUCCACAGAGCUUGACAUGAAAUCACUUGAACACUUAGCACUGGUGCGAAGACACUUUCAUGCUGAGUUUAAAACUUUGUUUGUUUUUAAAGUAUUAAUAAAAAUAACAAUGACAGUGAUAAAGGAAAAUAAAUGACAUAAGAGUUAAACAAGAAUUAAGGCUUUUGACAGAGAAACAGAUCAGUGACGAUCAGUUUUGUUAAAUCUCCAUUUGUCCACAAGGAAGCAAACUGUUCUUUUUACAUAACGAGAUUCACAUAACACUCCCAUAGACAGACAUCCAGUCUUUUUUUGUCCUUUUGUGUCUGCCUAAAGAAAUAAUUCUUGUAGGUAGACAGUGCUACAAACAGACACUUUUUUCGAAUUCCGAAGGGUGUCCACUUACAAGAGAGUUGACUGUACCCUGUGUCUCUCCACAGCCAAGUGCUUAGUUGUGUAGUAUAUUUAAGUCCCAGUGACUGUCAGAGAAUGAUUUCUCCUUUGCAGUUGUCUCCUGUAAUCAUGUCUUCCUAAUUUGGCUUAUUAAUAGGUUUGUAAAGGGUUUUAUGCCUGUGCAAGGGAUCCUGAUAUAUGGAAACUGGCUUGUCAGAGGUAUAUACAUGAACAUGUAAUUUUUGUUUUUUGUUUUUUUUUUCCUGGCAUAAAUUCAAAUUAAAGCAUCUUGAACUAUUUAACUCCCAAGAUCUGAUUUUUGAUUCUCCCCUCUGGCUGCUACACAUUUCCCUGUAAACUAGUUACAGGAAUUUGGUAUUUGAUCAGGGUAAUGACUUUUACCUUAUAUGUUUGAUUAUUCUCAUUACCUGUUUAGCUGGAAAUGUUUGGAAAUUACAGGGAGAAGUUACAUGAUAAUCAAUUCUAUAGGGUUAAGGUUUUGACCCAUAAGAAUGACCAGCUUAUAAUUUCACCUUACAUUAUUACACAAAUUAAAGUCACAAGAAUAGUGGAAAUGAUUACUUACUAGAGAAGUUGUUCUUGAUUGUAAAACAAAUUCUCCUUAUCAGCACCUUAGGAAAUGUAAAAAGAUUGGAAUUGAGAAUAUGCAUACUGAUGUAGGAUGUAAAGGUUUAAAGAUAAAUUGUCCUGCUAAGGACAUGUGGUGUAAAUGACAAAAAAAAACUUUGAAUUUACAGUGACUGUUUGUACCUUAGGGUUUGGGGUGUCAACUGUGGCAAUCCAGUGCAGUGGAAUGGCUCCUGGAGACUCAUGUAUAUCAAACGUCCACAUCUUUUGUUUGUUGGUAUGGACCAUGUCAUGAAACAUCUUGUAUUUGUAUACUAUGUUAGCUGCUAAUGUUAGUUACUCCUAGUUUCAUCAGGUUUAUUGAUGAAGUAAAUAUGAUUUUGACUGACAGAUGAAAUUUUCAAUUAACUCUUUAACUUCCUAGAUCUCAUUAGUAAUUCUCUUUACUGUCUGCCAAACGAUUCUCAUUAUGUUAGUUUGGAGAAUUUGAUAUUGUAUCAAUUAUUAAUCUUGUAAUUGAUAUUUUUCUUAAUUCUCAUCACUUGUCUACAUGAUGUUGUAUAAAUACAGCACUUAAGGAGAAAUUCUGUUUUGGUCACUCAUUAGAAAUAACUUGCUAAGUAGUGCCUUAAAGGUCUCUGGUGGAGGAGGGGGGGUGAAGUUCCCGAAGAAACUGGUGCUGUGUGGGUUGUGGGUAUUGCGGGUUAAUUGGUUUAAUAAUAAUAAUAAUAAUAAUGUUUAUUUCUUAUAUUGUGCAGUCUAGCAUGCGAUAAAGAUAUGAUCGAGUGCGCAUUACAACACUAAAAUCUUAAAGUAAUAAAUGGCUAGUCCAAAUAAUGAUAAUAAUAAUAAUAACAGGGUUCUCAGUAGAAUUUUGUACAGCCGUUGCUUUGGUAGUUACAGGCGUAACCCUAAUAUACACGCCCUUUGGGCGUGUAACUUGGGCCCGUAGGGCUCAAGCUGCUAGGGGGGUCCGGGGGCAUGCUCCCCCGGGAAAUUUUUUAUUUAAGAUGCUCAGAAAUGCUUUUUCCUUCAUUUUGGGGGCAUAUUUUCUCAUUUUCUCCAAACAAGUUUAAGUACAUUUUGUAAUCUGUUCAGUGGCUUUGAACUACGGAAAGUUGAAAUUAUCUCUUAUCAAACUGAAAACUACACUGCAACAUUCAAUGAAAUAUUAACCUGCAAUAACAAUGCUUUGCUUUCUGAGUUAAUGGCAUUCAUUUUAUACAAAAAUAAUUAUUAGGUAACCAGUCCUCUCCAAAUGGGGGCACCCACUUACAAAAACUAAUUCUCAAGGCCACACUGACCCAGUAACUGCUAUAUAUCUAAAUGAGAAAGAGUAUAAGAUAGCGCAAAUAUUUGUUAAUGAAUGAAUCGGCCAUGUUUUUGCACGUGGAAAGACGACAUCUGCGAGAGGCCUGGGUUCAAAUUUACAAAUUCAAUAUGGCGGCCAUAUUCAACGUUGCGGAGACGUGAAGCGAUUGUUCGGUUAUUCUAUGGUCUGCAAAAAGGCUAUUCACUUUGACAACUAAAACCGAAGAAAGGUACAUUGCGAAAGCAACUAACAGUCAAUAGUUUACCCAGCAAUUUACUCAAAAAGCCGUUCUUUUAUUUGCAUUUGAUAGACGAAUUGAUCUACUGGUUGAAGCACUUUGACAGCCGUAACACUUACCUGUGACACCCGUGACAGGUGUUACGGGUUACGGGUUCAACUGAGAACCCUGAAUAAUUUACAAUUUUCGGAAAACAAUAAAAGUAGAAUAUGAGUUAAUAAAAGAACUAAUAAAAAGCUAAUUUAAAAAGAUGUGUCUUUAGUAAAACUUUAAAAAUGUUCAAUGAUUGACAUUGUCUAAUUUCUAAAGGGAGUCGAUUCCAUACUUUGGGCGCAGCAUUUUCAAACGCCCUAUCCCCGAGUGUCUUUUUUGUUCUAUAGGUAUUGUCCAUUAGGAGUAUGCCCCGGUAUGAUCACAACUGAUACCGCAAGCUCUCUUUGAUUUUUAUCAAGUCUGAAAGAUAUUGUGGUGCGACGCCAUAGAUAGCAUAUUUGGUUUAUCAGCAAGGUUGAUGAUGGAAUUUGAUUACUGUACAAAGUUUCCAAAGUCGACAUUUUGAGCAUUAGCCCUUUGUCAGGUCUUUGAUGAAGGACCACAUAUACAUUGUAUUGCAUGAAACAUGGGAGUUAGGCUUUUUCAGGCUUUGUUUGUGCAAUUUUUCAUCAGUGCACAGUUUCAGUAACAAUGCCACAGCCCCUUUAGAGUAGUAUGUGAUGUUGAGAAAGCUGGCGACAUGAUUGAAGAAGUUUGUCACUUCCUGUUACAAUGUACAUGGGAUGUUGUUAGUACGUACUAAGAAUUGUUACCAGAUUGAGGGCAAAGUGCCUCUGAUAUGUCUUUGCUGAUAUGGUGUUUAGCUUUCAAAGAGCUAUAAGCCCUCUGUUAAUGAUAUUUAACAAUUGCUUGGGGAUGCAGAGGAAAAUGUUUACCACUUUUACAGACACUGAUGUGAAUAAUUGUUUUAGUUUAGACCACACAAAAAUGUUUGUGCAAAAACUGCAGUGUAUCAUUACCUGUAAUGAUCAUUUCUUCACCUAAACAUUAAUUUAUUCCUUAACAAUGAGUCUUACUGAAUGAAUUUCUUUUUUUCUUUUGGUACUGAAAGGUGUUUACAUAAGCAAGACUUCCUAUGUGAGGGAGGGAGAGAAGAACCUGGAUUUCUGUUAUCGUCCUUAUCAUGUUGUGGAGUACUAUCGUUACAUGAGAUUUUAUGUUGAUGGUAAGAUUUGAAUGUAUCAUCCAGUAAUGCAAUAGAAUGGUUUAAGCCUGGUGGUACAUGUCAAAUUUUUUUCCUGUGGUCUGAUUGUUGGGGCUAAGGUCGUCCUGAGAAGAACCGCUUUCAUGAAAACCUCAGCGCGAGUCAUUAUCAGAUUUGAGUGUAGAACUUAUAUGAUUGUUGUAGUAUGUUUGAUUGAAUUACGGUCAAGUCGCCGACGGUUUAGCUAGCCGACGCCAACUCGCCGACGUAUAAAAUCUAAUAGUAACGUCGGCGAGUUGGUCUUCAAUCCAGUACAACUUAUUAGAAGUUAAACACAUGGACAAGUAAAAGAUCUUUAGGAAAAAAACAAUUUUUUUCUUCCAACAAAGUUUAUAAGAAUCUCAUGGCGAAUAAAGCUAGGUAAACAUCGCCAAUGACUAAGAAAGCUUCAGACGUGAACGAGAUAUAUAUUAUUGUGUGACAACAACACUGUAAAGACUCAUCAUGUCAAUCGGUCAGAUUUUUUUUUAAAGAAACUUGGCUUUCUGGACAAGAUAUUCAAUAAAAAAAAAAUUAUUUUUACUUCCAACAAAGUUUAUAGGGAUCUCAAGGCGAAUAAAGCAAGGUGAACAUCGCCAAUGACCAAAAAAGUUUUUGACGCGAACGAGUUAUUGUGUGACAACAAUACUGUAAAGACUCAUCAAGUCAAUCGGUCAGAUUUCAAAAAAAGACUUAGCUUUGUAGACAAGAUCUUUUGUAAAAAACAAUCAUUUUUAUUUCCAACAAAGUUUGUAAGGAUGUCAAGGCGAAUAAAGAAAGGUGAACAUCGCCAAUGACUAUUAAAGCUUCAGACGCGAACGAGUUCUUGUGUGACAACCAUAGCAACCACGCGGAACCACAUGUUUUUCUAACUUUAAAGAAUGAUUUAUUCAUGAUCGAGAACGUUUGAUUUACGAUAAAAUUUGAUAUGUACAUCGUGCUAUUUUUCUACUCUUGGAGGUCCGUUUAAUCUCGACAUCGAUUUCAAUAAUUGAACCGCUUUUUUUUUUUUUUUUACCAUUCUCAUAUUUCUCCCAAAAUCCAAACACCUUACUCUGCAAUCGCCUAUUAGCCCUUCUUUGGAUUCUGGUCAGCUUCUGGUUAGAUACUAAUCGUAUUUGUAUUAUAAAAGCGUUUAGAAAAUGUUUGCCGUUCACCGGCAUAGCCUGGUAUUAAAACGGACCAAACGUAAACUCCUUCGAAAGUGAGCUACCGAAGCCUGAAUCUAGAAUGACGGUGGCUGUCACACAAUAACUCGUUCGCGUUUAAAGCUUUUUUGGUCAUUGGCGAUGUUCACCUCGCUUUAUUCGCCUUGACAUCCUUAUAAACUUUGUUGGAAAUAAAAAGAAUUGUUUUUAACGAAAGAUCUCGCCUAGAAAGCCAAGUCUUUUUUUGAAAUCUGACCGAUUGACUUGAUGAGUCUUUACAGUGUUGUUGUCACACAAUAUCUCGUUCGUGUCUGUCUGUCAGAAGCUUUUAUAGUCAUUUGCGAUGUUUAUCUUGCUUUAUUCGCAAUGAGAUCCUUAUAAACUUUGUUGGAAAUAAAAAUAAUUUGCUUUUUUACUGAAUAUUUUGUCCAGAAAGCCACGUUUUCUUAAAAAAAAACCUCACCGAUUGAAAUGAUGAGACUUUACAGCGUUGUUGUCACACAAUAACUCGUUCGCCUCUGAAGCUUUCCUAGUCAUUGGUGAUAUUUACCUCGCUUUAUUCGCCAUGAGAUCCUUAUAAACUUUGUUGGAAGAAAAAAAUUGAUUUUUCCUAAAGAUAUUUUACUUUUCUAUAAGUUUAACUUCUGAUAAGUUCAAUACUGGACUGAAGACCAACUCGCCGACGUUUCUACUCGAUUUUAUACGUCGGCGAGUUGGCGUUGGCGAGUUGACCCGUCGGCGACUUGACUGGAUACCGUUUGAUUGCAGGUUUUACGCUGAAUGAACAACUUACAAAUACUCUGAAAUCGCUUGAGCUUGGAUUCCAUUUGAAACCUACAACAUGCAUGUUACAAAUUACUGAGAACAUUUUGAGGUCUGUGAUCUUUCACUGUCCAGACCCUUUGCAACAUGGAAUCGAAGAGAAAAAAUAUAUUAAAAAGAAUGAUAAGUGCAGUGAGUGGUGAUAUCUUGUUUAAGUAUAUGUGUCUGUCCUCCAAUAAUUCAUGCAAUGUAAGUGUUGGGACCAAUCAGAAUGUGUGUUUGAUUUAGUUUACCAUAUGUGUCUUUUUGUUUUUGUUAUAGACAUAAUUAUUUUUUGUUUGACAGGGACAGUAUUAAUUUACACCAGUGCUGAUGAACCAGUCACUGCCAUUGCACGGCUAAAACUCAAGCAUUGUAAUAGUCCAUCUGUCUCUGUUGGCCACUACAGAUUGUCUGGAGAAAAGGUUUGUGCAUAAAAACUAACUUUGUGCUUGUGGGUUAAACUUAAACUACGUGGGUUUUUUUUUUCAAAGAUUUCAAUGUUCUCAAUUUGUUGGGUAAUGCAACUUUUAAGAAAUGUUUCAGCCUAAGGGGCCAACUUAUCACAGAAACUUUCGAGUGUCUGAGCACAUGAUCUUGGUGUUAACAGAGAUAAUUAAUUGCAUUUAUAAGGAUGCAUUCAGCAUUUUUAAGGGAAAAAUGUUGUUUUAACACAAAGUAGCAGGGUGGUAUCAAGUGUAAAAACAUUUAGAUGAGAAAUGUACCCACUAACAGGUGCAUGUACAUGGUGCAGCUUUUCUUUAUAUUUUGUGGUGUCCUUCUGCAUGAGAAUGUGCAUAAUUUGAUUUACAGGUCACCAUCAUAGUCAACAAGAAAGUUACCUCUGACACUUACAAUCAAACCAGAGGUCGCCGAGUGAGAGCACCUCCUCCUCCCAUCCUGAAGCAAGUAUUUCAUAUGGUAAGUUUAUUGUUUGUUAUUAACCUUGUGUGAGCAGUUUUGUGCUGACACUGCAGUUUUCUUUCCUUAACCCUGACAGUGGCUAGCACAUCGUUUUUAUUUAGAAUAUCACCCUUGAUUCACCCAUAAGAAUGAAGGCAAUAAUCACCAACUAAAGAAGCUCUCAGGGAAUUUUACCUCAUAAGAUCUCAUUGUUCACUAUCGUUUGAACCAACCAGCACCAUUCAUUUAAUCCUGUCCAAACACAUAAUGAAAGUUGACUCAUGUAGGGCCAGACUGAUUGACUCAAGGUAGUCUAGCAACAGAACAUUCACAAGAAAAAUUAAAAAGGCCUUUAUUUUUUUUAUUUAUUUUUUUUUACUUCUCAAGUUUGAUAUGUGCAGCAAAAAGAACAUGGAUAAUUAUUUGCAUCUGUUUUGGAAACUCAAUUGAGCCUUUUCUAAAAAAAAUAUGCAUCACCUCUUUGGGCAAUUAACAAAUUUCUGUAAGAAUUUUAAUUGGGUUUUUUCCCACAAGAGCUCCAACAAUAAACACCAGCAAAUUUAAAAUUUGUACUGUGAAAUACAGAGUUAUGAAAUUAAUAUGACCAUGGCCUGAUGCUUUUGUUAUCCCAAGGAAUUGCAAAUUAGCAGUGUUGGACGCCGUCGUCAUAAUCAGCUUACAUGGCUGCAUUACAGUGUCAAUACAACAUACAGGUAAGUUAGCUUUUGAACAAUUUCCUUUUGUAAAACUUUGCAAGUUAUGAGUGGCUUAAAAGCCCAUUAUGAGGGGGCCUGGUGCUGUCUGUAAGACCUCUCACCCUUGUUCAUUCAGCCUGAUAGCAGGCUCUGGUGUUUGGGAUCCACCUUAAUUGGCACAGUUGCCCAUGACACCAUCACCAGCCAUUUAUGCAAAAAGUUCUUGAAACCCUGGCAUUUGUGAUAAUUCUAUUUUGAUUUUCUUUCAAAAACCAACCUUUGAUUUCAUUGGGCAUGUAAGCAAAUUAAUCACACCUCAAAUAUAUUGUCUCACUGAGACUGCAUGGCUAUAAAAUGUCUCAUGUAUGGGUUGACCUUGGAGAAAAGGUGUAAUUUAGGAGGGACUUCAGAGCUCAACUGAUUCACAAACAACUCCUUGACCAAACCUUACUUGGGGAAAUCAAAAAUCUGUAUUGCAAAAAGUACAAGAAUUCUGUCAGCCACUUAUGGAAAAAGCCCAGUAAUUAUGAUUAUCAUACAAUCAUGCAAUAAGUUUCACUUAAUGUAAAGUUAACUGCGUUGUCCAUUUCUUUACAAUCAGGUCAUCUGGCCAAACAGUCGACUCACAGUUUGACUUAAACAACCAGUUUCCGCCAUUGCAUUUUUCACCAGUGCGCAGUUUCAGUAACAAUGCCACAGCCCCUUUAGAGUAGUAUGCUGGAUGUUGAGUGAGCUGGCAGCAUGAUUGAGGAAGUUUGUUACUUCUAAUUAGAGUGUACAUGAGAUGUUGUUAGGAGGUGCUGAGAAUUGUUACUAGAUUGAGGCAAAGUGCCCUUGAUAUGUCUUUGCUGAUAUGGCAUAUAGCUUACAAGGAGCUAAUAACCCUCUGUUAGUGAUAUUGAAUAAUUGCUCAUGGAUGUGGUGGAAAAUGUAUACCACUUUGACAGAUGCUGAUGUGAAUAAUUGUCUUUGUCUAGACCACACAUAAAUGAAACAUGAGUUCAAUUAUUUCAGUCAACAUACAGAAAAGUGGCCAGUGAAAAAUAAAACAAAGAAAAAAAAAAGGUACCAAGUGACCAAAAUCUUGCACAAGAAUUCUGAUCUUGUUUUGAUUUAUUUGCUUAGGAAUCACAACAGUUAACGAUCAGUUAAUUGAUUCAUUUGAAAGAAAAUUAUUUGGAAGAGUAACGUGUUAAUUUAGUUUCAUGCUAGAAUAUUAGUUUAGGUUCUACAUUUACAGUAAGCAGAAUUGACACAUUAAUUAAUGUUAGAAGUAAACAAUAGCCAAAAGGAGGCUAUUUUUUUAUUAUCCUUCAAAUAUUUUUGCAAUGCACAGGAGAAAGUUUUCAAACAGCUCAGUGUUUGCCGAGUGGAAUGUUCACUUUCCAGUGUUGUCUGGUAUGACUUUAUGAAUAAACAUGUCCUUUCCAAGAUUUGAAAAUUGGGGAAUAUACAUCUUGGGGUAUAUCCCUGGACAUUCCCCAGUUUUAGUUUUAGUGCAAGAGCAAAUAUUUGAUGGAUUAUAAUUAUGACUGAUGUAUCAAUUGCAUCAUUGAUAUUAAUAGCAGUCAUUAUUCUGAUUAUUAUUUUACGACGAUUGUUGUGUAUUCAUCAAGCACAGUUUGUAUCACUUACACUUAAGUUGCGUUAGAAGCUUAUGCUUGAUUUUUUUCCCAUACUGUGUGCUUUCUGAACAAGGGCAGCUCUUUACAAUUUAGUCAUGUUAAUCAUGUUUGAUUUAUAUGCACACCACUGAAUAAACUCAGGCACUUUAUCAUUUUAACUACUCUGUAAGUCGUAGUGAAAAGUUAUUUCUGUUAAGUAAUUACCCUUUACACCCUAACAUCAGUAUGCAUAUUCUCCAUACUGUUCUCUAUACAUUUCCUGAAGUGCUGUCAGAGAGAAUUUGUUAUAAAGUCAAGAGCUUCAUAAAAUUGGUGAUUAUUUCCUUGAUUCUUGCGACCUUAAUGUUUGAUUCAGGGGUGAUAUUUUAAGGAGAAAUUAGAAGAUGGUUACCCUUAGGGUUAUAGGGUUAAGCAGUGAGGGGUACUGAUGACGUUUUGUUGUUGCAGGCAAGUUAAAUUAAGUCCUCCUUUGAAUCUUGUUUGAUUGGUUCUCAAAAUAUCAUACUACAUUAUGCUUAUUAGUAUGCAUAUUUUCCAUAUUGUUCUCCAUACAUUUCCUGUGUUGACAAGGAGAAUUUGAUAAGAUUAAAAAGUUUUAAUCAUAAGUUGGUGAUCAUUUCCUUUAUUCCUGUGAAUUUGAUGUGUGAUUUUGGGAAGGUUUUGUAAGGAGAAUGGAGAUGCUAGUCACUCUGAGGUGCCAACAGUUAAGUUGUGUUCAGGCCAUUUUAAGGUGAUGUUCAGUUAAAAGGAAAGCAUUUGUAAAGUCUCUCCCAGGCUCUUAGUUGUUUGGGACAAGUCAAAGACCAACUAAGUGACAAACAGCCAUAAUUUUGGGCACCUCCUUUUCUGCAGGUUUUAGCACCGGUAAUAUUCUUGACCUCAACUGCCAACAUUUUUUAGUGACUAACUGCUUUAAUGCAACUCUAAAAUAAUGUAGGAGUAGUGUGCCUCUUGGUUCUAUACUCCCAUCUUUUUUUUUCACCAAUUUCAGUAGCUUUUCCUUUCCACAACUAUUUAGAAGGCAAAGCAGCUGACACAAAACCAGGGUAAAUGGCCUUUAAUCAGUCCAGAAAAGGAACAACCACUUUACCAAAGUAAAUUUGCUUUUCUUCAAACCAAUUAAGACUUUUAGGUUGAUAGUGUGAUCAUUUAUUUGCAUUCAAAUCACUAUGUUUUGCCCCAACUGAAACAUAUGAGUAUUUGGUUAGUUACAGAAGCUCAUUUUGUGGGCUUGGGCUACCUGUGGUCUGACCACUUUUAAUUAAUAGCUUUCAC